CCCGGGGACCGGCUGCGCGCACGGCGCCUCUCGGCGCUGCAUCCCUCGCUCCGCUCCGCUCCCCACCCCGCCCAGUGAUUGACAGGCAAGAUGUCGGUGUGGAGCGAGGCAGGAGCGAUUUCAGCAGCCGUCCCCCCUGGAGCCCGGCGGCCGCAACAGCAGCAACGGCGACAGUGGCAACAGCAGCAGCAGGAGCAGCAGCAGCAGCCUUGUCGCGGGGAGCAGACCGCAGCCAGCCGCAGUGGGCGCCGCAGCCGCGCCAGCCGUGCGCACAGCAUCCCGAGAGCGCGCUGAGCGCGGGGACCCGCGGACCAUGCCGUGUCACCGCGACCGGGAGGGGGGCAGGCGCGCUCCUUUUUGACAUAAAAGCCAGCCCGGCCAAAUAGAUUUAUAUACAUAUAAUUCCGCCCUUCACGGAGCCGGUGUGCGAAGCGUGAGCUCUAUUUCCCUCUGCCUCCUCCUUCCACUUCUCCUCCUCCCCUUCCUCCUCCUCCUCCUCUUUCUCCUCCUCUUUCUCCUCCUCCUCUCUAAGUGUACAGACUGCACCCUACCACCUGGUUGGCUUCUGACAAACGGGCAUCUCUCCCUUUUUAGGGACCAGAGACACAGAAAGAGAGAGGAGAGAGGAGACAAGGGACAUUCUAAUGCAGACUGCCUGAUACUCUCCCCCGCCCCAAAUAAUAAUAAAUUUUGGCUCUUGUCCCCUCCUCCACCCCCACCCCCCUCAAGCUUGUGUGAGAUGUUGGGUUUCUUCAGGAGACACCGCUGAGAAGUCGCAGAGGUUGGGGAGGCGUAGGGGGGUGGGGGUGGACUCCCUCUACCUCUACUCCUUCCCUCCCCCUUUUUUUCUUUCUGGGAGGAGGUGGAGGAGGAGGAGGGGAAGGGGGGGUUGCAGAGCAAGCGAUGGAUGAGGAAAACAUGACGAAAAGCGAAGAGCAGCAACCUCUGAGUUUGCAAAAAGCCUUGCAGCAGUGCGAGUUGGUUCAGAACAUGAUCGACCUGAGCAUCUCCAAUCUGGAAGGGCUUAGGACCAAGUGUGCAGCUUCCAACGACCUCACGCAGAAGGAGAUCAGGACCCUGGAGAGCAAGCUGGUGAAGUAUUUCAGCCGACAGCUGUCCUGCAAGAAGAAGGUGGCCCUGCAGGAACGCAACGCUGAACUAGAUGGCUUCCCCCAGCUCCGCCACUGGUUCAGGAUCGUGGAUGUCCGAAAGGAAGUCCUGGAGGAGAUCUCCCCUGACCAGCUGAGCUUGGAGGACCUCCUGGAGAUGACCGACGAGCAGGUGUGCGAGACCGUGGAGAAGUAUGGAGCCAACCGGGAAGAGUGCGCCCGGCUCAACGCCUCACUCUCCUGCCUCAGGAAUGUGCACAAAUCAGGAGGGAAUCUCUCCAAACAAGAUUGGAUCAUCCAGUGGCCCACCACGGAGCCAGGGCAGGAGAGCAACCCUGUGUGCCCCCCGGAGCCCAGCCCGUGGAUCCGAACCCACCUCUCCCAGAGCCCCAGGGUCCAGACCAAGUGUCCCCAGCACUUCUGUCCUACCAGCCCUACGCCUGGGACCCCUGUGUACACCCAAGUCGACAGACUCACUGUAGAUGCCUACCCGAACUUAUGCCCGCCGCCGCCACCCCUGGAAUCAGGCCACCGCUCUCUGCCCCCGUCUCCCCGGCAGCGGCACGUAGUCCGCACCCCACCUCGCACCCCAAAUAUUGUCACCACCGUGACCCCACCUGGCACGCCACCCAUGAGGAGAAAAAACAAGCUGAAGCCUCCCGGGACUCCACCCCCCUCCUCUCGGAAGCUCAUCCAUCUGAUCCCUGGCUUCACAGCGCUACACAGGAGCAAAUCCCACGAGUUCCAGCUCGGGAACCGUGUAGACGAGGCCAACACACCCAAAGCCAAGAAGAAGAGCAAACCCUUGAACCUCAAGAUCCACAGCGGCGUGGGCAGCUGCGAGAACAUCCCCGCCCAGCAACGCUCUCCGCUCCUGUCCGAGCGCUCCUUGCGGUCCUUCUUUGUGGGCCACGGGCCCUUCCUGCCCUCCACCCCGCCUGUCCACACCGAAGCCAAUUUCUCUGCAAACACACUCUCUGUACCUCGCUGGUCACCACAGAUCCCACGCAGAGACCUUGGCAAUUCCAUCAAGCACAGGUUUUCCACCAAGUACUGGAUGUCUCAGACGUGCACGGUCUGCGGGAAAGGGAUGCUUUUUGGCCUCAAGUGUAAAAACUGCAAGUUAAAGUGCCACAAUAAAUGCACCAAAGAAGCCCCGCCCUGUCACCUCCUGAUUAUCCACCGAGGAGACCCAGCAAGGUUAGUGCGAACGGAGUCGGUGCCCUGUGACAUCAACAACCCCGUCCGGAAGCCUGCCCGAUAUUCAGAUCUCCACAUCAGUCAAACUCUCCCCAAAACCAACAAAAUCAACAAGGACCACAUCCCUGUCCCUUACCAGCCAGACUCCAGCAGCAAUCCCUCCUCCACGACGUCCUCCACGCCCUCCUCACCGGCACCCCCCCUCCCUCCCAGCGCCACGCCGCCUUCUCCCCUGCACCCCUCCCCGCAGUGCCCAAGACAGAAAAAGAACUUCAACCUGCCAGCUUCCCACUACUACAAAUAUAAGCAACAGUUCAUCUUCCCAGAUGUGGUGCCUGUACCAGAGACACCCACCCGGGCUCCCCAAGUCAUCCUGCAUCCUGUCACCUCAAAUACAAUCUUGGAAGGAAAUCCAUUACUUCAAAUUGAAGUGGAACCAACCUCCGAGAAUGAAGAGAGCCACAAUGAAGCAGAGGAGUCCGAGGAUGAGUUUGAAGAGAUGAACCUAUCCCUCCUCUCAGCCCGGAGCUUCCCACGCAAAGCCAGCCAGACCAGCAUCUUCCUUCAGGAGUGGGACAUCCCGUUUGAACAGCUAGAGAUUGGCGAGCUCAUCGGGAAGGGUCGCUUCGGGCAGGUUUACCACGGACGCUGGCACGGCGAGGUAGCCAUCCGGUUGAUUGACAUAGAGAGGGACAAUGAGGACCAGCUUAAGGCCUUCAAGCGGGAAGUGAUGGCCUACAGGCAGACGAGGCAUGAGAACGUGGUGCUCUUCAUGGGAGCCUGCAUGAGCCCACCCCACUUGGCCAUCAUCACCAGCCUCUGUAAGGGACGGACACUCUACUCUGUGGUGAGGGAUGCCAAGAUUGUCUUGGAUGUCAACAAAACCAGGCAGAUCGCGCAAGAGAUUGUAAAGGGCAUGGGUUACCUCCACGCCAAGGGGAUCCUUCAUAAGGAUCUCAAAUCGAAGAACGUCUUUUAUGACAACGGCAAAGUGGUCAUCACAGACUUCGGGCUCUUCAGCAUUUCCGGGGUGCUGCAGGCUGGCCGGCGGGAUGACAAACUGCGGAUCCAGAACGGCUGGCUAUGCCACCUGGCCCCAGAAAUCAUCCGCCAGCUGUCCCCUGACACAGAAGAGGACAAGCUCCCAUUCUCCAAGCACUCAGAUGUCUUUGCGCUUGGCACCAUCUGGUAUGAGCUCCACGCCAGGGAGUGGCCAUUCAAGACCCAACCAGCAGAGGCAAUCAUUUGGCAGAUGGGCACGGGAAUGAAGCCCAACCUCAGCCAGAUUGGCAUGGGAAAAGAAAUCUCGGACAUACUGCUCUUCUGCUGGGCCUUCGAGCAGGAAGAGCGGCCCACCUUUACCAAGCUCAUGGACAUGCUAGAGAAACUGCCAAAGCGAAACCGCCGCCUGUCGCACCCCGGACAUUUCUGGAAGUCUGCAGAGCUGUGACCAUGGCCAGCAUCAGCUGCCUCACCCCCAAACCACCUCUGUCCCCCUGCUCUGCCCUCUGCCAGCUCAGGAGGCCCAGGCUCACUGUCAGGGAGUCCUGACUCGGGUCAGCCUGGGAGACCUGUGUGAUGACAUCACAGAGGCUGUCCACACCUUCAACUUGUACCCCGUUACUCAGGCACGAUCAGGAACCACUCAACUAGGACCAAACUGGGCCAGAGAGGGUCCCAUGCGUGGUGUGAAGGAGCCGCAGACUGAGCACACCACCUCCGACUGUGGAGACCAAGACACACACCCUGUGGGCAGACUCGGACUCACACACUGGACCAGUGUGCGCGCAUGUGUCUACACAUGGACAGGGCCACCUGCUAUCCUUCUGCCUGGACGAGCCAGCUGUGGAGUGUCCCAGCUGUGCUAUCCUGGAACACAGAACCAGGAUGGAACCAGAAACAACACACCUGCUCCGUUGUCAAGGCUUCUAGGCCAAGGUCAGGGUAGGGAUGGGGGGGUGGGCUAAGCUUGCAAACAUCUGUUUUUAGAGGCCCCAUUCCAAGCUGGAAGUCGCCGGUUGCUGCUGAGCACACAAUUCUGAAGGACAGUAGGCAGUCCUGCAGGUCUUUUUUAGCACAGGGCCUCUCUGGGCACCAGUCCCUGGCCUUCACCCUUCUCCCGUUUUGUAAGAACACUGUUCUAACUCACCUCAUGCCCACGCUACCCUGGGCAACUGGAGAACACCAUAGCGUUUCAGCUGAUGUGACAUUUGGGGUCCCUUUACCAGUUCACCAUCAUUCAUGGCUUCCCCCCAAGUCCGAGUCCUGAGAACUGGGGCUGUGGCAAGAGAGUUCUGGUGUGUUCUCUCUGUGGGGCUGGCAAUGCCGGGGUUAAGUUCUCCCUCUGUGAUGGAGACGGCCCUGGGUAUGCAUGAUGGGUUACAUGGGUGUGUGUGUAACUGUUUACAAUGGUCCCCCUGCCUCUCAUGGGCUGUGUUCCAGGAGAAUGCACAUAGAGAGGUUCCGUGGUCUCUGCUGUCGCCUGGUGCUGAAUCCUGAGUGGUUUCCCCACUGAGGACCCUGUGACCCUCGGCCCCCCCUUAUUGUGCACACUCAGCACCCCAUCUUCCAAGCCUUUCUUCAUCCCUCACCUGAGAUGGAAGCUUUUCUAGUCGGUGUUGGGCUGCACCCCUCCUGCACCACAAUAUCCUGCCCGAGGGAUGCUGGGGAGGGGUGGUACAGAGUGAAUGGGAAGGAGAGUCCUGGGGUCACUGGUCCACAUGGCCAAAGCCAUGCCCCCUAGCGAUCAGACCUGACACAAGAGGCAAAGCUGUCCCCAAGCAGAGAAGUAGCAGGGUUAGUCAGGCAGCAAAAUCCAAGUAAACAUACAAAACCAUCCCCCUCUUUUUGAGCAACUCUAUUAGAUGUACACACUAGGACCAAGCAUGUGUCCAAAGCAGGAAGACUGAUUGACAGUAGUCACACUUCUAGAGAGACGUACCCCGUGACACCUUCAAGUCUUUUCAGGACCUUCUCACACCCCUUUGCAAAGCUCUUGCUGUCUGCACCCGGGGCCUUGGGACCCACACAAGUCCCCAUGUGAACAUCCUGCCUCUCCUGGUGACAUCUGUCUCUGUGGCUCAGCUUCUCUGCCUCUUACAGUUUCCCUGUACAUUUGCUUAUGCCCCUGGGCUCCAGAGUCAUUGAAGACCAUUCUCGACAGCAGCUGUAACCCCAUCUAACAAGCUCUGUUCUGAAUAUAUCUCUGUGGCCAGGGCUGGACUGAGACUGACCCCAGCCUCUUACUAAGCAUCUUAGAGUUUCUCUUUUCUCUUUAAUUGCAUCAGGACCCCUUUGGUCCAUGUACCCCGGUCUCUGUCACAUGCCUUUGUAUCUUGGAGGAAGUAAGAGAGGAGAGAGCCAGGGAAGGUUGAAGCACUUGGGACCCUGAAGUGUCCCCCAGGAACUGGGACUCACUCAUCUUCUCCUGUUUGUAGCUGAAUGACCCAGUGGGUCACAGUUCUGGGCGCUCCAAGGAAGCCAGGGGAGGGUGUCUCCUCAGGAAGGAGUGACCAGUCACCUGCCUCCCAGGGUUCUGACUUGCCCUUAAGCUAGGGUCUUUCAAGCAUCCACAGACUCAGAGUAUGGUGGUAACAUGCUUGUAAUCCUGGCACUCUGGAGGCUGAGGCAGGAGGAUAACAAGUCUAGACUAUAUAUGAUUUUUGAGGGUCUGUAGGUGAAUAAGUACCUGGAUGAUACGGGACAAGUCCCAGCCUUCCCUGCUCCUAUGCUGCUCUUCCUCUUAUGGGAUAGGGAUCUCUUGGGUCUAAGUCAAAUGUCACCUCUUCACUCUUGCUCUUUCCUGACCUCCACGCCCACCGAGACCUGUGCCUGGGCUGCAGGCUUCAUCCCUCACUGACUUCCCUCCCCACUUCAGCUACAGGCCCUGCCUUGCUAGUAACUUCUUAAUGUAUAGACGUCUGGAUCAGGGAUUAAAAAAAAAAAAAAAAGAGAAUCAGUCUCUUUCCCGAGGAAGCAUCUGGGGGAAAUGUAUUCCUUCACCCUGCAAGGAGCCAAUGGGAAGAGAAGAGGCCAUAUAGUUAGAGACAUUCCCCACCCCCAACCACUGGCCCGUCCAGCCCCUCACUUCUUACAAUGCCUCUUCUUCUGCCAGACCAGCCAUCUGCCCCACUAACACCAAAUGGC